UACAUAAAGCUUAAUGAUGUCUACUACGUAUCUUCAUUUCUAUGUGCAAACUAUAGUGGCUGACAAAUACACCAAUGUAACAGCAAUAGUUUACUGUUCAUUAUAAUAUGUAAUAAUCUUUAAACUUCAUAUAGGUGUGAAAUGUGCUAAAGCAAUCAGGUAUAGACUAGACUAUGGCCAGUUGUACAGGAAAUAUCAUAAUUGCGAUCAAGUUGUAACUCACAGCGGAGAGACUUGAACCAAAAUCGCUGUCAAGGAUGUCGGUGUUUCCAAAGCUUUUGGCACCCAUUCUUCGAGGACGUCUUCGAAUCCGAGGUGUGUUAUGUUUGUGGCAGAGUAAUUAUAAAAGAUUGAAAUCAACGAAUAUUCAGAAUGUUUCUCAGUAUAUAAAAAAGGGAAUUAAUGGGGAAUCUUUAGAAAAUACACAUCAGAGAAAUUCUCACACAAAAGAAAAAUAUGAGUUCUUGGGUUCUGAUAUGGAAUACUGUGACGAACUUGAUUUUAUUGUCCCCGAGGAGAAAUGUCUUAUACCAGUGUACAGAGUAUUAAAUAGAAGAGGAGAAGUCGUUAUGAAAAAUCAAGAUCCAAAACUGAGCCCCGAGAUGUACCUUAAAAUGUACAAAGACAUGGUGCUUAUUCAUUCUAUAGACACUGUCUUAACCAAAGCUCAAACUAGUGGUGUGGUGUCUUUCUAUUUAACGAACCAUGGAGAAGAAGCAACUCAAAUUGGCUCAGCUGCAGCUCUUGAUGCUGAAGACCUAAUUUAUGCCCAGUAUAGAGAAGCGGGAGUUCUUUUGUGGAGGGGUUUCGCGGUGGAAAAUUUUGUGAAUCAGUGUUUAUGUAACAAUCGUGAUCUGAAUAAGGGAAGACAAAUGCCGGUUCAUUAUGGGUCAAAAGAUCUAAAUUUUGUGACUAUAUCUUCUAACCUGGGAACCCAGCUUCCCCAGGCUGCAGGAAGCGCUUAUGUUUAUAAAUUAGCCAAAAGGGGCAAUUGUGUUAUUUGCUAUUUCGGAGAAGGUACUGCCUCGGAGGGUGAUGCCCACCCAGCUUUUAAUUUUGCAGCUGUUUUGAAUUGUCCCGUCAUCUUCUUCUGUAGAAAUAAUGGAUAUGCUAUCUCUACGUCUUUGAAGGAACAGUAUUCUGGUGAUGGCGUCGCAGCACGUGGAGCUGGAUAUGGAAUGAUUUCAAUCCGCAUUGACGGAAAUGACGUGUUAGCCGUCUACAACGCCGUGAAAGCUGCACGCGAGAUCUGUUUAUCUCAGAAUCGGCCUGUUUUAAUUGAGGCUAUGACUUACAGAGUGGGUAACCACACAACGUUAGUGGAUGGACAGAGCUACAGGACCGAGGAGGAAGUUGAGGACUGGAAGGUGAACCACAGCCCGAUCGAAAGAUUCAGCAAAUACAUUACCAACCUGGGUUUAUGGGAUGACAAAAGAGAUUUGGAGUGGAAGACAGAAUCAAUCGACAUGGUUAAACGGAUCUUAGAAGCAUCACAGGAACAUAAACUGCCCAGUCCAGAAGCCAUGUUUACGGACGUUUAUGACGUUGUGCCCAAACAUUUAGAGAAACAAUUUAAUGACAUGAAAAGACAUCUGCAAACCUACCCUGAUGUGUAUCCGUUGGAAAAACACGAUAUAUAGAUGAAUUAAUAGAUACAAUUAAAGUAACUUUGGACAAAAAUUAGUGGAUGCAGCGUGACUUUCGUAAGGUAAAAGAUUACAUGCUAAUAUUGCUGACCGAGUCGAAUUUACAUUUACAAAUUUCCAACUAUUAUUUAUAACUCUCGUUCUGACAUUUUGAUGCAAUUGAUGAUUGAUUAAGUCUAUAUUUUUGUCUUAUGGGCGCCCCGUGGAUGUUUUUCGGAGAAUCGAGUAUUUUUCUAAUAAGAUUUAGUAUCUCUACUUUCAAUAUAUACUACAUUAACCUUACUUUUAUUUUAAGAUAUUUGUCUAUUAUUACCAAUUAAUACCUGAUCUUAUAUAUUAAAGAUAUUACUGUAGGUGAUGUAUUUAGUCUCAUACGAUGUAUCGCAUCAGUGCACCUUUCUAUUGUUAUUUCACCAUCACACCCUAAAUAAUCCUCGGAUUUAGAUUUUCGUUUCGUUUACAUAUUUCUUUGUUGGUGUUUUUUUUCUUCAGAUUUUAUAAUAGUUACUUUUAAAUUUUAUUUUGUU